CUGGCCCUUUCUGUGCUCUGCCGCUUCUAUACAACAUCAGAUAUCAGUUAUUUUUUAGUGAGAUAGACUGUACGGCACCUAGGCGCCACUUUCUUGCUCACAAUUCCUGAUUUUCGGCGAGACUUGUUUUCUUCCCCAUGGUUAAAAUCAAUGUACUUCAACAUGCGCCCUCCUCACACCUACCUGCACGACCUGGAGAUCCUACUCCUACCUCCCGGAACCUCGAUCCACUCAUGCACCCGUUUGCCCGCGCGAGGGAACGGACGAGGGCUCUUAAUGCCGCAAAAAUGGAGCGUAUGUUUGCCAAGCCGUUCGUAGCGAGCUUGGAAGGACAUGUGGAUGCCGUGGAGACAAUGGCGAGGAAACCGGACACCCUAGACAUCGUGGCAAGCGGGAGCUGGGACGGAGGCCUCAUCCUGCACGAUGUAUCAAGGAGAAAACGACUGUUCCAGGUUGACAAUGCUCACAAAGGCAAAGUCUCCGGCGUGUGCUUCGGGCAGCAGGGACGACUCUUGAGUUGUGGAGUAGACCGGAAUAUCAAACUUUGGGACACUGAAGCAAGUCUUGAUGACGACGAUUUCGGUGCCGGUCCCUCUCAGAGGAAACCCGUCAGCAUAUUUCCUGGGAAAUUUGCAUUCAACUCCAUAGAUCAUCACCGGUAUGAUCCUUUUUUCGCAACAGCGUCCAACCUUGUCCAAGUAUGGGACGAGACGAAGAGCGCCGCAAUAUCCAACCUAACACUUCCUACCUCGACGGAAACUGUCACAGCAAUCCGUUUUAAUCUAGCAGAGGCGUCGGUACUAGCUAGUAUAGGCUCUGACCGCAGCUUCACCCUCUACGACAUAAGAACGGGGAAAGCUGAACGGCGGAUCAUCAUGCAAAUGCGCAGUAAUGCGUUGUCAUGGUCCCCGACUUUCCCGACCUGUGUCCUUCUCGCGUCGGAGGAUCACAAUCUCUACACAUUUGACAUCCGCUCUUUGAACACCCCUACACAGAUUUAUAAAGCGCACGUUGCCGCAGUCAUGUCCUGCGACUGGAGCCCAACUGGUCUAGAGUUCGUCAGUGGUGGUUGGGAUCGGACAGUCCGGAUAUGGAAGGAAGGACGCGGCUCUGCGCCCGAGAUCUACCACACAAAACGCAUGCAGCGCGUCAUGUCAACACUAUAUACAGGGGACUCGCGGUUCGUCCUAUCGGGCUCGGACGACGGCAACGUCCGCGUCUGGAAAGCGCACGCGUCCGACAAGCUCGGCAUCAUCACAGCGCGCGAGCGGGCUGCGAUCGAGUACCGCGAGAGUCUCAAGUCGCGCUGGAAGGCCGACUCGGAGGUCAGCAAGAUCUCCCGCACGCGGCACCUGCCGAAGCCGGUGCACAAGGCGUCUCAGCUCAAGCGGACGAUGCUCGAGGCACAACGCGUCAAGGAGGAGCGGCGCCGGAAGCACACACGCGCGGGCGAGCACAAGCCGAAGGCGGAGCGGAAGAAGGUUGUCAUCACGGAGCACUCGUAGCGUUGCAUUGCCUGUUUCUGCUUGUCGUGUUUUGUCGAUAUCGCUUGCUACGUGCGUCUUGUCCGGUGCGCCUGUCAGAGUCAUUGCAAUCUAUUCAGUUCGGUGAGGCUACGACACAUACAGAUACUCCUUCUCUUGCACUCCGCUGAUUAAUCGCUAACUGGCGAAUUUCAGGGGAAUCUGUUUAUUCUUACGCCUUACCGCCGGUCGCUAGCUGCUGCGAAUCUAUCAACGCUGAGGUUCUGUUGUACGUCUCUACUCCUGCGGUCCGCAGGUCGCAGCUCCUCACGAUGGAUCGUUGUCUCCAAUCUCCUGGUUACACCUCACCACUUGACCAUUUGCCUUGCGCGCGCUUCCUACUUCCUCAUCAUCUUCGCAACAUGAGAUUAUAUGUAACUGGACGCAUGUUCGUGGCAUCUGAGUCAGCUGCAGAGCGAACGCUGCCCUGUUGUGCAAGGGGGGCUGGUGAUUAUCUGGAUGACCUCGCAGCAUUCCAGAGACGAGUCAUCUAUCGCGUCACAUCAUCAAGUCCAGGUCCAGCCAGGGCUUCGACGAUGAAUAACAUCGGAGC